AUGGGUGGAUUUGUCCUGGCAGCUGAUGAUCUCGAUCGACCGAUACCUCUCAACGCCGAACAGCUGUUUUACCUUGUUAGCAACUCGUAUGUUGAGUAUCCUGAAACCAGUGAUCGGGAGCUCAAGGAUAGGAACAAGUCAGAUGGGUUAGCAAGACUUAUUACCCUUUGGCAAGGUACUUGGUUCGUCAUAACCUUUAUCGCGCGGCUGGUCCAAAGACUCCAUGUAACAACCAUGGAGCUCACAGCAGUUUCAUUCGUGAUCAUUCUAUUUGGAACUGCAUGGUGUUGGAAAGAUAAGCCAUCUGAUGUGGGGACGACUAUUACUGUUCGCUGCCUUACUUCGAUGGAAGACAUAUUGACUCGUGAAGGACGUCUGCCAGAUCAGCCAUACUAUCAAACACCUCUAGACUUCAUCAGCAGAGACGAAACUGCGCUGAACCUCGCCUGGCAAUACUACAACGAACUCUCACGCAAGAUCCUCUUCUCUCCCUUCUCACGACGCGUCAAAAAAGUCCCAUGGGACAGAAAUCCCGGCGAUAUCUUCCUCCGAAUGGACUUCGAUCUAGAACUAGUCGGCGUCGUAUUCAUCUUUGUCUUCAGCGCCGUCUUCCUCGGGGCCUGGAACUUCUCAUUCCCCAGCACCGUAGAGCGAGACUUUUGGCGCGUAGCUAGUGUUUACAUGCUAGCAUACGGUAUGUUUGGUGCGCUGUGGAUGGAGUUGUGCAUGUGGAUCUUCAUACCGCAGUAUCGCCUCGCUGAAGGUCUUGAACUGAGCCUUGUUGAGCAAGCUCUUGAUCAACGACCGCAUCCUGUGAGGAACUGGCACCACAGGUUUCAGAAUUGGAGAAGGAGUCGGUUUAGCAAGAUUAGAGGUACGGGGGAUUCUGAUGGAGAAGAAUUGACAUCGCGACGACCGAAGAAGGGCAUUUUUGCUUUUCUGAGCAGGACGUACAACAUAUCACACGGCAAAGAUCCUCAUUUGGGCGUUCAGGUCGGAUUCUUGAUCGUUACAUCUUUCCUGUGCGCCUCUUACUGUGUUUUUCGGGUAUUUAUCUUUGUCGAGGACUUUAUUGGACUUAGAGCUUUACCGCCGAGUGCGUACCAGACGGUGGAAUGGGCAGAGUUUAUUCCUCAUAUCUAG